UGCAUCGAAGAACGGCGCAUGCCUACCCCCAAUUGUGUGGGAUUGAAUCGACUGUGGACAAAUUUACAACUUGAGAGCAACGAACAAUGUACGCACUUCAAAUUGCAUGUGACGUAUUAUCCAGUGAACGUUACGUUAAAAAAGUCCAACCAGGUGGGUCACAAGAGUAUCGUAAACUGAGUUGUGCGCCGGUCAGAAGGGUAUUUUUUACCAAUCUUAUCUAAACGCUCUUCCCAGAAGUACCGUCCCAAUCGAUAGUAGCUUCCGAUCCGAUAGUGGCUUCCGAUCCGAUAGCAGCUAUUAAAACUGAUAAUUUUGAAGCGAUUUCCGUUCAGUUGUUUUUAAAGUUUUAAGGUUGAAGGAUGAUAUUUUAUAUAGUGUUGCUAAUUUCUUUCCUCGUUGCGACUAAAGCAGAUGGAAGUGGGAAACUACUUUGCACCGGAAACCAUUUCUGCCGGAAUCUGUCAGACGGAACUGUUCUACCGGAUCCUGACGACUGUCGAUACUAUUAUCUGUGUUUUCUGGGACACGACUGUCACCGAAGCUGCCCGUUGUUUCAGCAGUUCGAUUAUAUCAGGUUGAACUGUUUACCGUUCAAUUUGGCAGUAUGUUACGAUCCGUCAGCUACAACUACAGAAGAAUCCACGACAUUCACACCAUCGGUUACCCAAGAAAAAACCACGGAACAAAUAACAACAACGGAAUUAACCACUGGAGAAGAAACUACGCAGCAAAUAACAACAACGACGGCUGGUCAAGCAAUAAUCUGCGACGACGGUUUCACCGGACUGCUGCCCUAUCCGAAUGAUUGUACAAAAUUCUACGUUUGUUACGCAGAUCAGGAACAGCCGACAUUGAAGGACUGUUUGCAGGGUUACAUCUUCUACGUGCCGUUCGGGGUUUGUCUUCCCGGCAAUAGUGAAACGUGUGAAUUGCAUCAUGACCAUUGACGGCUCACACAGUAAAUGAAUCAAUCCUAACUGCGAUCCAAGUUUUAUCUAAUGGAAAUAAAUUCAUAUCGA